CUUCUGAAUGUAGAGUAUGAGGCUGAAACGCAGCCCCUUCGUCCAUGCGAACUUCGGCGGGAGAAGGCCUUUCGUGAUGGAGAAGACUACAUCCCUCAAUGCUCAGAAGAUGGACAGUUUAGGAACAUACAGUGCAAUAAAAAUGGGGUUUCCUGCUGGUGUGUAGAUGAAAAGGGCAUUGAGGUCCCAGGGACUAAACAGUCUGGAUCGUCUCUGACUUGUUUGUCCUUCUGCCAGCUUCAAAAGCAGCAGAUUCUGGUCAGCCGUUACAUCAAUAGCAGUGAAACUGCCUACAUACCACAGUGUCUGGAUUCGGGUGACUUUGACCCCAUACAGUGUGACUUGGCUGUGGAACAAUGCUGGUGCGUGGACGGCGAAGGGAUGGAGAUUUAUGGGACCAGGCAGAAAGGAAAACCAAGGCAAUGUCCAGGCCAGUGUGAGAUUCGAGACCGCCGCAUUCUGCAUGGCAUUGGAGAAAAGAGCCCCCCACAAUGCUCAACUGAUGGAGAAUUCCUGCCUGUCCAAUGCAAAUUUGUCAACACAACCAAUAGGAUGGUCUUCGAUCUCAUCCAUCAUUUUAACAGGUUCCCCAAAGCGUUCUUAACAUUUAGUUCCUUCAGAAAUUUGUUCCCUGAAAUCAAUGGAUACUGUUACUGUGCAGACAGCCUUGGGAGAGAACUAGAAGAUACAGGUCUGGAAAUGUUGCUUGAAAAUGUGUACGACACAGUUUUUGCAUCGCUGGAACCAGUUCCUACCUUUGCUGAAAGUAGCAUGUAUAGGAUCCUACAGAGACGUUUCCUGGGAGUACAACUUGCAACAACUGGAAGAUUCAGAUGCCCUUCCAAGUGUGAAAUAGAGUAUUUCACUGCCACUCGUUUUGAGGAGGAUUAUAAACCAUUGUGUGAAGAUAAUGGUGCCUACAAGCCAACGCAAUGUCAACUUAAUGGAGAAUGUUGGUGUGUCGACAACAGAGGACAGGAGAUCCCUGGAACAAGAAGGAGAGGAAAGCAACCAAUCUGUGACAAGGCGCCCACCUGUGUCUCUGAGAGACUAGUAUCUCUGUCCAGGCUUUUCUAUGGCCCCGUUGGACAUUUCAGUCGUAACAAUUUGUUUUCUGCUACUCAAGAGCCGGGGAAAAUAGUUGGCUCCUCAAGAUUUUGUCCCUUUUUAUUCAGAUACUUUUUUGAGGGUUCCACGGAGCUGCCUUCCAUCUCCGAGGGAAACAGCGCCACUCAGCUCUUCACAUUUGCAAGCCUCCUUGGUGAAGCGGUUGAUGGGAUGUUUCCUUCACGAGAACUUGCUCAGGUUGCUCUACGAUUUACCAACAACCCCAAGCGAUUCCAAGAAAACCUUUUCGGUGGGAUGUUCUUGAAGAAUCUGGUCCAGUUUAACUUUACGGGAGCCCUUGGCCCAAACAGCAAAUUUAAUUUGGACAAGUAUUUCCAGCAGGUUGGGAUAAGAAGCGGAUUCAGUAAACUGGCUGGUCAACUUUUGCAGGGAAGCUCCCAGGAGAAGUUUAAUCUGAGCCAAUCUCUCAUCGACGGCUUUGGUCGAACGGUCAAUUUAGAGGACAAUCGGAAUGCCGUCAAAUUCCUUGCUUCUCUUCUUGAAGCCCCAGAGUUUUUCACUUUUCUGCAGCAUGUGAUUUCUGUCCCAGAAAGUGUCACCAAAGAUUUAGGCAAUGUGGUGACGAUUCUGUUGAAAGCAAGAGACUGCACAGAAGAAGACAAUGAUGUCUUUGUGCCAGACUGUACUGAAGAUGGGAACUACAAGGAGAUUCAGUGUAAGAGAGGGGAGUGUUGGUGCGUAGAUUUAAGGGGGAAAGAAAUCCCCGGAUCCAGGGUACGAGGGACAAACCCACGGUGCCCCACAUUGUGUGAAAAGCAAAGGGCCAGUUUGCAACUCUUAAUUAGAGACCAGCCUGCAGGAUCUCAGAUGUUUGUUCCUUCAUGCACCACAGAAGGCCAAUUCCUGCCAGUCCAGUGCCAUGGGAAAAACUGUUUCUGUGUCAAUUCAGAAGGCACACCUGUUCCAGGAAUAAAUACCAAUUCUGGAGACCCCAUACAAUGUCCAACUGACUGCCAUCUUGCAGCUGGUAAAGCUUUUCUAAGAUCUGCCAAGCAGUUUCUAUUGAAUCCCGCUUCUCUGACUCAACUGUCCAGCAUUUAUGUACCUCAGUGUAGUCUGGAUGGUCAGUGGAGGCCAGUCCAAUGCAAUGGUCCACCUGAACAGGCAUUUGAAUGGUACCAAAGAUGGGAUGCUCAGAACAACAACAACAAUGUGCUUACCAUCACUGACUUGGCUAACGUACUCCUAGACUACAAGGCAAGGUCUCAGCGAAACUUUGAAGAUUUCAUCAACAUACUCUAUGCUGCGGGACGCCAGAAUAUGUUCCCAGAAUUUUCCAAAUACUCAUCUUUGGAAGCUGUUCCUAGAGAGCUGCUGGAGGGCAAAACAUUAGAAUCCUCUGAGAAUGUUUUACUGGACCCAUUCACCUUUUGGCAGCUUCUUCAAGGUCGGCUUAACUAUUAUCCAGGAUCUUACAGUGAUUUUAGCAUCCCCUUGGGACAUUUUGAUCUUCGCAACUGUUGGUGUGUGGACGAAAAGGGACGCAUGCAAGGAAGCCAAGCCAGUGUAAACCAAGUUCCAACUUGUCUUGGAACAUGUGAAUCUGCAAAACGAGAAGCUGUGGAAUUUGUUAACAAGGUGGAACAACUUAUUCAGGAGUCAAACAGCUCUCAUUUUCCUUUCGGACAAAGCUUUUUAAUGAGCCAAGUGUCCAUGUUAAGAGGCCAAGACCUUUGGAGUAAUUUUUCUCAACUGGAAAGCACUUUUGCAGAAAUACUGUUGGCAGGGAAUGAUUAUGCCAUCCAGCUGGCUGCACAAUCCACUUUGCAAUUUUAUCGGAAGAGUCUAUUUGCACCCCCAAACUCCCCUGGCAAGGUUCAACGCUUGGCAUUUCAGCCUUAUAUCCCCCAGUGUGAUGGAAAAGGGGACUGGGAGCCCAUCCAGUGCUAUGAGAGCACAGGUCACUGCUGGUGUGUAGAUGAGACGGGACGUUAUGUUUCGGAUUCCUUGGUGACACGCUCAACACAACUGCCCGAGUGCCCCAGCUACUGCAGUCUGGUGAAAUCGAAGGUUCUGGUGCGAGAAAUCGGUAGAGGCUACAUCCCGGAGUGUGACGAGGAUCGUCAGAGUUUCUCUCCAGCACAAUGCAGUGGAGACCAAGCAAGCUGUUGGUGUGUCCUUGACAAUGGUCAGGAGGCUCCAGGGACAAGAGUUAAUGGCCAGAGGCCUGACUGUGAACGUCCACAGUGUCCUCUGUCUUAUGAUGCUUCUAACCUGACCCACGGUGGGGUUUUUUGCAACAUCACCACCGCAAACUCAAAGAUUCAGCAAUGUCAAGUGAUUUGCUCUCCGGGCUAUCAAGAUGUCUUGUCUCAAGGAGAACUUCUUCUGUGUGAUACCCAGAAUCUCCUCUGGCUUACAAACCCACCUCAUUCUCUUGCCUGUCAGAGACUGCAGCCAUUCCAAAGUAUCCAGGUUCAAACCCAGUUUCAGCUCAUCUUGCCUCCAGAGAAGACCUGCAGCCCUGAUUAUUCCGGGUUGCUGGAGACAUUCCAGAUCUUCAUUCUGGAUGAGCUGAAGUCUCGUGGCUUUUGCCAUAUCCAGGUCAAUACUUUGGAGAACUUGGUGUCUGUUCCAGUCUGUGGAGAUUCUGCUGUCCUGGUUGAGUGUGCAGCUGCUGACCGCCUGGGAGUGAAUGUCACAUGGCAAGCUAUGCUCAAAAAUGUGCCACCUACUGCACUUCCUGACUUAUACGACAUUGCUGCCUGUCCUCCAGGUUCCUCCUUUCAGAACGGGGGCUGCAUUCCAUGCCCUUCUGGAUUCUAUCAAGACCAAGCAGGAAGUAACUUCUGUGUAAAAUGUCCUCUUGGGACACAGACCGUCUCUCCUGGAGCUUUCAGAGCCGAUCACUGUAUUACUGAUUGCCAGAGGAAUGAGCAAGCUGGACGGUGUGAUGAAAAUGGCCAGUAUAGACCUUCUUACAAAGAUCUUUCCACCCAAAGGUCAUUUUGUGUUGACAGCAAUGGAAAGAGAUUAGACUGGACAGAGACAGAUGGUUCUUGGACAGAUUCCCAGUGUUCAGUCCUCAGACGUUUUGAGAAGGUUCCUGUUUCCAAUCUUAUCUUCACCACGGAAGAAUCGGAAACGGUCAGAACUAAAACACUCCAAGGAACACCUAUGAACACCCUCCAGCAAUGUGUUGCAGAGUGUGAGAAGGAUGAGUCCUGUGGAUUUCUCACCAUGUCAGCCAUAGGCUCGGAAAUGUUGUGUGAGCUGUACAGCGCUCGGGAGAGCAACUACAACUGCUCUACUUCUGGACUGGUUCAUGUUGCUUGGGAGAAUUCUCUUGCCACCAGUAUUGCCAACCUUGGCUGCCUGAUUAAAGUGAGAAGCCCAGAGAAGAAAGAUUCGUUGAGCGUGUACCUGAAAAAAGGACAAGAAUUCACUAUGGUGGGAGUCAAAACAUUGGAGAAGACCGAUUUCCAGGAUGUUGUUUCUGGCGUGUACAGCAUUUCAGUUAUAUCAGCAUCUGGUACAUCUUUGACAGAUGUUCAUCUCUUCUGCCGCCAAACCUGUCAACAAGAUGCUUGCUGUGAUGGCUUUAUCUUAAGCCAGCUGAUACUUGAUGGAGGCAGUAUGGCAUGUAGCCUGCUGAGUUCUCCAAGCGCUUUGAUCUGCAACCUUAAUGACUGGGAUGGAAGCUCAACCCGCCGACAAGGUGACAUAUGUCAACGUGCAAAGUACAGUGAAGGGAAGAGCCAAUACACAGUCAGAAUUGGAGAGCAAGUGCUUACUAGAGCUUCCGAGCUUGCAGAAGAUCCAGAAAAAUUCUUCCCCAGUUUUCAGCGUGUUUAUUUCUGGAAAGAUUCUGACAUGAUGACCCGCAUUGGAUCUACCAUGUGUAAUGCUACUCUUGUUCCACCACAGUCAAAGUCUCUUCUAUCAGCUUCCACCAAGAAACUCUUUUCUAUAGUGGAAAACAACCAAAUAUUGACUGAACCGAAUCGUUCUCUGCCAUCCCAAAAAUACUGGCUUUUCAAGCAAAGCUUCUCAGCGGAAGAGGCUGUUCUCUGGUGUCUCACACGUUGCGUAGAAGAUGAGUUUUGUCUACUGGCCGAUAUCCCGAGUAACACAGACACAGCAUUCUUUCCUUGCACCCUCUAUCCAGCAGCCCAAAUCUGUAACACUUCCAUUAACAAUGUCCCCAACAACUGCAAGAUUGUGUUACCUCAAAAGCCCCAACUUUUAUAUCAGAAGACAGUAUCUCUUGAAGGGAGCGUCAAGAAUUUUUACACUCGUCUACCGUUCCGCAAAAUAUCAGAAAUCUCUGUGAGAAACAAGAUGGAUAUGUCUAGGAAAACGGUGUCAAAGGGUUUUUUUGACUGUGAACGGCUUUGCGAUGCUGAUCCUUGCUGCUCGGGUUUUGGACUUCUAAAUGCUUCCCAAGACAUAGACAGCAAGAUCUUGUGUUUGACUCUGGGCAGUUUGGGAAUUCAAACCUGCAGUGACGAAUUAAGAAGUGAUUGGCAAAUUUCUCCUUGUACGUCUCUGGAAACUGAGGCCAGGGUGCAUCCCUUCGGCUGGUAUCAGAAAUCCUUGACCUUGGACAAAUGGCAACGUUUGGACAGGACCUCCACUAUUCUUGAUCCUUCCAUUUCUAAAUAUGAUGUCAUCCAGAUCAGCAGAGAUCCUUCCAGUGAGUUUGCUGCCAUCCGAGAUUUUUGUCUCUCAGUUUGUUCAAAGGACAGUCUGUGCCUACUGGCCACUCUUGAAAUGUUGCCAUCGGCAGCACGAUGCGUCUUCUACCCAGAAACACAGACUUGUACCCUGAGUCUUCAAGGCCACCGCUGUCGUAUUUUGCUCAAGGAGCCGGCUACUUACAUCUAUCGAAAGCAAGGCUUAAAGCUUCUUCUCAAAGAAAACAAUGAGCCUUCAGUAUUCAUCCCAUCCCAAGGGACCAUGUUGGGAAUCUCUCGAGUAAUUCAGGUGGGUUCUGAAUGGAAGAGCAUUGGACAAUUCCUCGGAGUUCCAUAUGCAGCACCUCCGGUGGGAGAGAAUCGGUUCCAUCCUCCACAGCCUUUCACCUGGACAGACUUCUGGAAUGCAACCACAACCCGAGCUAACUGUUGGCAACCAGGAGAUGAUAGCCUUUCUUCAGUCAGUGAAGAUUGCUUGUUUUUGAACAUCUUUGUCCCACAGAACAAUGGAGGGAAUCUACCAGUGCUGGUUUUCUUCCACAACAGCAUAAAUUCUGAUGACCAAGGCAAAAAAGCAUCCCUUGAUGGUUCUUACUUAGCUGGAGUUGGAAAUCUCAUCGUCAUAACUGCAAAUUACCGUGUUGGAGUUUUUGGCUUUUUUAGCAGUGGUUCCAGUGCUGCAAGUGGAAAUUGGGGGCUUUUGGAUCAAGACAUAGCUCUACAAUGGAUAAGGAGGAACAUUGCAAGGUUUGGGGGAGAUGCAGGACAGAUAACAAUUGGAGCACCUGACAGGGGAGCGGAUAUUAUCAGCAUUCACCUUCUUAAGAGAGCUUCGAAUCCAAUCCUCUUCAAGAGGGCACUACUGAUGGGAGGUUCUGCUUUCUCUCCAGCGAUAACACUCAGCAAAGAGAAAGCACAAUCCCAAGCUGCCAUUUUGGCUCGCGAAGUGGGCUGCCCAUCAACCAGCAGCUCUGAAAUGGUCUCGUGCCUUCGCCAGUUGCCUGCCAAGACACUUAACGAUGCACAAACCAAGCUCCUCGCCAUAAGUGGCCCAUUCCAAUAUUGGGGUCCAGUUGUUGAUGGUUCCUACGUGCAGGAACCUUUUCCAGCUGCUUUGCAACGUUCCCGACUUUCAAAGUUGGACCUACUCGUUGGAAGUGCUCAACAAGAUGGGCUGAUCAGUCGUGCAAAGGCAAUUAAGCGUUUUGAAGAAAGACAAGGCCGGGCCAAUAGCAAAACCGCUUUUUAUCAAGCCCUCCAAAACUCUUUGGGCGGUGAAGAGUCCAACCUUCUCAUCCAAGAUGCAGCUACGUGGUUUUAUUCCCUAGAACAUUCAUCCACUGAGUAUGCUUCCUUUUCCAGAGCAUUAGAAAAUGCCACUCGAGACUACUUCAUCAUUUGCCCAACUAUAGAUAUGGCAAAGGAAUGGGCUAAUAGCAAGAGAGGAAAUAUUUUCUUGUACCAUGUGCCAGACAGCAAUUCCUUGAGCAGCUCAAGCCUGGAAUAUAUUCCUGAUGUUCAGCUUGCGUUUGGCCUACCCUUUUAUCCUCAGUAUAAAAACCAAUAUACGCAGGAAGAGAAGACUCUUUCAUUAGUCAUUAUGCAGUAUUUGUCCAACUUUAUAAAAUCUGGGUAG